AUCCAAAUCCCAUUUAGAGUUGUGUUUUACAGCCAUAAAUAGUGCCGCUGUUUUUGUGUCACGCGGUCUUUUUUUUUUCAGGCCUGUUGAUUCCUCACAUUUCGAGACACUGUUGAUAUUUGUAAUAAACUCUUCAACUUGAAUCACUGUAUAGACUUUCUAUAUUGUAACUUCAACGAGAUAUUAAUAAAUGUUCAGAUUUCUGUUUGUGGUGCUGUUUGCGCCCGGCGCCCUUGCUUACAGGAGCUUCAAAUCUAAAAUCCCUAACGGGGACGCUGUGCCUCACCCUUGUAAAGCCAACACCCUUUGGGAAGGAGUUGGCCACUUUAUUGAAGGUGGUACUGGACCUCGAAAUCCAUUCGGUGUUGACUUUGCAGCUGAGAAUUUUGCCUGGACUAUAACUUUGUGUCGUAAAGACUCGGACGGUGAUGGACGUACCAAUGGUCAAGAGUUAGGAGAUCCUAACUGUACUUGGACAGAAAAUACAAUUCCCACGCAGACAUCUGGAAUAAGUCACCCGGGUAUUUGUGACCCAUGGGAUUCUCCGACGUGUCUUCUGAAAAAUGUAACUCAUGGAGUGUACAAGACACAAGGAGACUGGCUCCGUGCUGUCUGCAAGGCUGGGGACUUUGUUUGUCCCGGGAAAAACGAAUCAGGUGUAAAGAAUGCUGCUCUACAUGUACCAACGAACACAACGGUGCCGCCUAAACAAACUACCUACAUGUGUCAAAUGUUUAACCUGGAGACCCUUCUGCAGAACGGCACCUAUCACAUGGUCGCUGUGGAACCUAUCAUCGGCAAUGUUGACGUCCUACAUCACAUGGUUCUGUUCGGGUGUGAAGACUCCCAAGAAAUGAUUAAUGGACCUUACGAGUGUGGGAUGGUGGCCAGUCCAAGUUGUCAAAUGUUUAUAAGUGUGUGGACAGUUGGACUCGCUGGAGAUUGUGCUCAUCCCUUGGCUGGUAUAAAGCUGGGUCAAGGCGGAUACAAGAAAAUCGCCAUUCAGUUACACUGGAACAACCCAAGCAAACGAUCAGACUGGGUAGACAGCUCUGGAAUGAGGAUAUACUACACACCUCAUUUGAGAACGUACGACGCAGGAAUUAUUGUGGCUGGCGCCCAAGGUUUCGUUUUGCCCCCUAGACGGGCGUCGAUAACAAUCACAAGCACAUGCACAUCUGGAUGUACAAGAAACUUAAUUAAAGCACCAAUCAAUGUCACAAUGGCAUGGAAUCAUAUGCAUUACGCCGGUGUUCAAAUGAGCAUCGAAGUGAAGAGGAACAAUGUCCACUACCUUUAUAUGACCAAUGACCCAGUGUACAGUUAUGACAGUCCACAAGUCUACACAUAUACCAGUCAACCGAUCCAACUGCUGCCCGGUGAUGAGGUGACCACAAGAUGCACCUACACUACCGCCAACAGAAACAGCUCCACACUUUUUGGCGAGGGUACCUACGAUGAGAUGUGUUACGGUUUCAUUUCUUAUUAUCCUAAAGACAACUUUUGGGGCGGCUAUUGUCUUUCUGGAGGACAAGAUAUUAGUUACUGCGACCAGCAACAAAUGAAUGACCUGGGAUGCCCAACAAUGAUGUACUACUUUAGUGAGCAGUAUGUUAAUGGGUCACUGGAGUACCGAGGACUUGUCCAGAACUGUCAAAGCUUUAGUCCGUGUCUGGAGGAGUGUGUCCAGUACGUCGCCCAGCUGACGCAAAGCAACGCGUGUUUUAAAGGGGACGUCUUUGAAUUUAUUAAGAACGAUAUGUUGAUGUCUCAUCAAGUGGGACGCGACCUGAUGGCCAGAAUGGCCUCCUGUCAGACGCAGGUCUACGCUUUGUUACAUCCAACACCCACCACUGGCUACCCACAGCCAACAACCCUCAAGUACACUGAUACUGAUUUAGGCAGCGGACCAUUCGCCACAGCCUCAUUGACCACGGCCACGUCAUUUGUUAUUCUGUUAGCAAUAUUUGGUCUUUUAAUGUAGUUCGUGUCACUAAUUGUUUAACUGUAUUUUUAAUUUAAUUUAAAAAAAAAAAAGCCUGUCCUUUUUGUUUUUGUGGUAAAGUUUGUUUUUUUCUAUUUCUAUUACAAUUAAAGAUCAGGAUCUUUUCUAAAAAA